AUGUCUGACCAUUCGUUAAAAAGCAGCGUCAACGGCCUGACCUCAAACAAUGCACGGCCCAGUGACCCUAUUUCACAAAAGUCCAAUGGCAUAAACCAUGACAGCGCCAAUGACUCUUUUGCGUCUCGAGCUGAUGAGUUGCAAACCCUCCUGGCGUCUGUCCUGGACCAGCUCAUCCCCUUUGUUCGACAAGCCGACUCUGAGCGCAAAGCCCACCAACUGCACCGAGCUGUACCUAUAUCCCCUCUUGUUGAGUCACAUUCUCCUUCAGAUUUGCUCUCCAUCUUGACCUCCGACGGUACCCUGUCCCUGCCUUCUCGGGGUACGGGCCAACAUGGACUGGUUAGUUCUCUGUCUUCGAUAUUGAAAUACAGCGUCAAUACCUCUGCUCCUGGGUUUCUUGACAAACUCUACUCCGCCCCCUUGCCUCCUGGGAUAGCGGCAGAAUUGAUUCUCAGCGUCCUCAACACAAAUUUGCAUGUGUACCAGGUUUCUCCUGUCCUUUCCCUCGUCGAGACUUAUACCACGAAAGCUCUAGCGGCAAUGUUCGGCUUCACGGGCCCAAGAGCCGGAGGGAUCAACGUUCAGGGCGGAAGCGCGAGCAACAUGACCAGUAUCGUUAUUGCGCGGAACACGCUGUAUCCGGAAACGAAGCUGUUCGGGAACCACGCCGGAGGAAGAGAGUUGGUGAUGUUCACCUCUGAGCACGGGCAUUAUAGCAUUGAAAAGGCAGCCCAACAAUGUGGAUUUGGUUCCGAAAGCGUCAUCUCUGUUCCUGUUGACCCGGUGUCUGGAGAGAUGGACCCGGCGGCUUUUGAGUCCCUGAUCGUGCGGGAGAAGGGGAAAGGGAAAACCCCAUUCUACGUCAACGCCACUGCCGGAACAACGGUUCUGGGAUCAUUUGAUCCCUUUAGCGACGUCGCGGGGAUUGCCAGGAAACACGGGCUGUGGAUGCACAUCGACGGUGCCUGGGGUGGAAGCUUUAUCUUUUCCGACCGCCUGCGUCAGACACGGUUACAGGGAUGUGAGCUUGCCGACAGCAUCGCCAUCAAUCCGCACAAAAUGCUAGGCGUCCCAGUGACGUGCAGCUUUCUCCUGCUCAAAGAUCUCAAGAAUGCCCAUGCGGCGAAUACUCUGCGGGCGGGAUACUUGUUCCACGACGAGGACCACAGCGGGCCGGAGCAGUCGGGACUGAACGGCCACGACCAAACACAGUCGCUGGACGACGAUUGGACCCCGCCCAACGACCUCGCCGACCUCACCCUCCAGUGCGGACGUCGGGGAGACAGUCUGAAGCUCUUCCUCUCCUGGCAAUACUACGGGACACUGGGGUACUCGUCCAAGAUCGAGGAUGCCUAUUCGGUUGCUUGUUACCUGGCCGACCUUGUGGACCAGAGUCCCGACCUGCUACUUGUGAGCACGAACCCUCCACCAUGUCUACAGGUGUGUUUCUACUUUGCCCCAGGGGGCAAAAUGGUCCACGACCUGAGCAACGACAGCCGGGUCGUCGACGGCAGCAAAAGCCACGAGGCCGAAAAUGUCGGCAAGCGCAACUCGGCGGUAACAAGCCGAAUCACUCGCUCUCUGGUCUCGAGAGGCUUCAUGGUCGACUACGCGCCGGCGUUGGGCCACGAGGUCAAGAAGGGUGCGUUUUUCCGAGCCGUCGUGAAUAUUUCCACCACGAGGGAGACGGCCCAGAGGUUGGUCGAGGAGGUCACCCUCGCGGGACGGGAGGAAAUGUCGGGUAAUUAG